AUGGCCGCGUCUCGGUCCCAGCAGCUCGGCUUCGGGGCGGCUCCCGCGCUCCCCGCGCUCCCCGCACUCCCGCCCGGCCCAGCCGCCGCCCCACCGCCGCCCCCGGGCCCCGGCCCCUUCGCCGGCUUCCUGAGCGGCGGCCCCGCACCCCCCGCGCCCCCAGCAGGCGCGCCAGCCCCGUCGGCGUCGCAGCGCCGCAAGCGCACGUCGUUCAGCGCCGAGCAGCUGCAGCUGCUUGAACUCGUCUUCCGCCGGACCAUGUACCCAGACAUCCACCUGCGCGAGCGCCUCGCCGCGCUCACUCUGCUCCCCGAGUCUAGGAUCCAGGUGUGGUUCCAGAACCGGCGGGCCAAGUCCAGGCGGCAGAGUGGGAAAGCCUUUCAGCCCUCAGCCAGGCCUGAGCUUUUUCUCCACCCCACCGUUCAGGGACCCGAUGCGAAAUGUCUGAAGCCCCAACUGCCUCUUGGAGUAGAUGUGACCUGCCUGCCCAGUCCCAGCAGGGUUGGGGAGGGCACCCCCCACCUGAGCUGCCAAGGUCAGCGCUUCCAAGCCUACUCUCCCCUCUCUGAAGACACUGGUUCCAAGCUGGACUCGUGGGAGGAACACAUCUUUUCUGCCUUUGGUGACUCCUGAGGAGUGUGGGUGAAGUCAGGACAAGCUCCGAGGAGCUGAGACUGAAGGCAGGGACAUGCAUACCAGGAGGCUGUCCCUUCUGGCGAGGGACACAAGCCUGUUCACCUCGGUAAGGGUGUCACCCGCAGCUCUCACCGGUGAGGCUCCCUCCCCUGUCGCCUGUGAGCC